AUGCGUUCUUGUUCUGAUUUGCCUCACCGACUUCAACUGCGCACACCAUGUCGACUGUUGAAAAUCUUAUUUCUCUUACACGGCCGCCAUGGAAGCGCGGAGGAUAUGGCGACCCUUGCUCGGACAUUUGUCGAGAAGACAAGGUCCAGCGGAGAAAGGAGUUUGAUAGUAGUGACACUGGAUCAUCGAAACCAUGGUACACGAUUAGUUGAGCCAAAGGCCAACAACAGUUGGACCGAGGAUACACCCAAUCAGAAUCAUGCAAUGGACAUGCAUGGAAUCCAACUGGGCACCGCGCACGACGUAUCCUUCCUGGUAGAUUUUCUGCCCGGUUAUCUCUUCCCAGGAGGAGAGCACAAAGUCGAGAACUGGGGCGUGGCAGGAAGAAGCCUCGGAGGUCACUCAACAUGGAUAUUGCUCGGGCAAGAUCCGAGAAUCCAAGUGGGGAUCCCCAUUAUCGCAUGCCCGGACUACGUCGCGCUCAUCAAGCACCGCGCAAAGGAGAGCAAGGUGACGUUCGGGGCGCCGUAUAUACCGGCCACCUUCCUCGCGGCAAUCGAGAAGAGCAACCCAGCGUCGCAGGCGUACAGAUCUGUGGCUGGGAACCCGUUCCUGGGAAAGAAGAUCCUGGUUCUUUCGGGGGAAGCGGACACGCUCGUUCCGUGGACCGCCAGCAAGGAAUUUGUCGACAAUCUGGAGGUGGGUACCGACGGAGUGAAGUCGGUUGUCGUCGAGGCUGGCGUUGGGCACAGGUGCACUGGGAGGAUGGUCGAGUUGGCGGUCGAGUUUGAAAUGUUUCGUCUCUCCUCCUUUGAGCGCGACUGCUUCGACCUCCCACAAAUGCCCCGCCGCUCUCAGACGCGCGUUGCAGUCCUAGAGCAGACACCAGCAAUAUCAGAACAACGCCACCAGAGCAACUCUGAUGCUGAGAAUCUCGCCGUCCUCCGCAAGCAAUGGCGUUGGGCCGCAUUCUGCCAGUUCUUCUUCACUUUCGCCCCUCUUCUGGCCAUGAACGAUGUAACCAUUGCCGACAUCGAGCGGGACUUGACUCAGCAUACUAGCGUAGUACUCCCUCGCAUCAUGACCAGGCUCUUAUACACCCUUUCUUAUGACCGGAAGGUGUCACUCGACAACUGGCAGACCGCGUUACGCAAACAAUACAACAAGAGAGAUCCACAAGCCAAUCCAAUCGGCCCAGAACCCAUCGACCCGAGGCUAUUGGAAGACAUGAAGGAGGAUGAGGACGAUGGUGAGAAGGAAAAGAACGGACCUACCGAACCGUCCAUCCAUCAAGAUGACCGGUCAAGUUCAGGGGACAGAGGCAGCCGGGCGCCUAGAGCAGUUUCUACCUCCGCAGACCCUAUUAAGUCUGAAGACGCUUCUCAGCGAGACGUGAGCAUGGACGCUGAAUUCUCUGAACCCGUCAGUUGUGCCGACCCUGCCACCGAGAACCACGAGGCACAGCAAGCUCCAUCCUUGGACUGGCUCCAACUCCCGACGCUCGCUCAACUCGAAUCUCUGCACACCCUCGCCGAAUGGCAAUUCCAAAACCCGACGCGAUUGAGGAUACUCAUGAAAAGUGAUGAUGAAUUGGCGUUAUGGAGGAUUGAACCCAUCGGGUAUGACAGUAAACGGAAUGCCUAUUGGUUUAUUGGCACUGAUCGACUCUGGAUACAACGAGCUCCACCCCGGCCUAGUCGGCCCAAAGCCUUGAAGCGGAAACGCCCAACACAGUCAGUUGCACAGAAAAAGCAAGCCAACGGCAAGACCACCGCUCCCAAAACCAAACGACCUCGCCUCGAAGCUCAGCCUACAAUCGACUCCCCUUCUACCAGCCGCCACAGUCGAGCAGCGAAAGACCAAGCCAAGAUGAAGCUCGACGCUCAGGCAAAGGAACUGGCAGAACUCAACCGACAAGCUAACAUCCGCGAAUCCAAAUCGCGGUCCGCUCGACAAACGCCCUUGCGAUCUCAGCCUUCUCGGACAAGCUUACGAACUGGGACUCGACUAAGUGCGAGGCUGAGAGGGACACAGGACGACGAAUGGCAGCCUAUACCUGAUGAGUGGUUGAGCGAUGGAAAAGCGAACCAGGGGCAGGAUGAGGGUUCGAAGCGGAAGACAGGCUUGGAGAGCGACGAAGAGACGAUUAGUGAUUUGACUGAGCUGAGCGAGGAUGGUGGGGAGCUUUCUGAGACGGAGUCAUCGCCUUCGAAGCCUCCUGCAAAUGGCAAACGUGGCAAAGCGUCGAAAGCUGAGGAUGCAGAAGAGGAGGUAUCUCAAGAAUCGCCAGAAGAUUUUGUGGAAUGGGAAACGAUAUGUGCUACCCUGUACGAAUGGGAACGCAUAGCAGAACGGUUUCAGAAUGCCACACACUACACAGAAAAGGCCCUCUAUAAAGUCCUUGUGAACCAGAUCGUGCCCGCUGUCACCGAAGAACUCAGGGAAAUCGAACGCAAGCGAAACCUCGAAGAAGCCAUGGUCCACAGGAAACGUUCUUCACGUAUUGCGACGAAGGAGAGCGAAAAAGAAGAGGCCCGUUUGGCCGCCAAAAGGAAGCAGGAAGAGGACGAGAAAAUGGGUCGUGCGAGAAGGCUCGAGGCUCGACAGCAAAGAGAAGAGGAAGAAAGGAUCAAACGGGAGACGGCUCGUGAACAGAGGAAGAAGGAGCGAGAGGCCCGCGAGGAAUCGAGAAGAGCCCAAACCGAAUCCGCUGUACAAUCGGACACGAACUCCAAGUCAGAAGGGAAGAAGAGCAAGUCGCCCCAGCGUGAAACCCGCAAGGCAAAGUCCACAGCAAAGGCCAAUGGAAAUGCACCUGCGAAUAGCCGCACUGGGUCAACGAGCGGCUCACGAACCCCAGCGGGAGAAGACUGGGAGCUCUGUUGCGAGAUAUGCCAGCGGCGGGGGAUCAACUUGGACGAUGGUACUCCUAUGAUGUCCUGCGGCCGUUGUUCGAGAUGGCAGCACAUCCAAUGCCAUGACCGUGCAGAUCAAGCUGCAGGUCGUCCGCGUAGGAACUGGAACACUGUCGAGUUCAUCUGCAAAUGGUGUCGCGCCGACCUGCAAGCCCGCCGGAAAGAAUAUCCCGUCGCUGCUGCACCCGUUAAGCAGCCGUACCCGCUCAUCCUCAGUACGCCCCAAGUACAAGCAUAUGGGUCGUAUCAGCACCAACAACUCCCGUCAAUUAGCAAUCUGCAUAUGGACCACCGCCAGGCCGGUCAUUAUUCGUCGAGCUAUCAGCAGCCUCAACAGCAGAGCUAUUAUUCUAGGCAACCAGUUAAUGGGCAUCAGCACCCUUCAAUGUACAGCCAGCAUCAGCACUCGACGGCGACGGGUGUUCCCGAGCAACGGCAGGCGAUAUCUUUCAGCCAUUACCAGCCCUCGGAGCGUGGUUUCUCUUCUGGGAGCCAGCGGCUUCCCACUGAGCAGCAUCAUUCUUAUUAUCAGUCUAAUAAUUCUCCAGACUCAUACCGACAAGGUUCAUCUAACUAUUACAAGCCUCCGCCCAUAACCCCCUCGUGGAACGUCAACACCCCUGUUCAGUCCUCCGGAUACCCCAUGUCGCAUAAUUCCUCCACCUUGCCUAGCUCGUCAAGCGGUUUCAGGCUCCCACCGCCGGAGCACCUCCUCAGCCGGCCUGUCCAGCAGUUUCCUGUUCAUGAAUCGUCCCACGGCCAGCAUCAACAGUCAUACAACCGCUCAUAUCCCACCGACCAGCACUAUCCACCCACCACCCAGUUUAAGCACCAUCCCACGUCAUACCAGCCGCCUUUGGGGAGGUGA